AGAUUAUAAAUUUGUAUAUUUUUAAUUGGAUUUGAUAUUGACUUUGUACGAUAUUGCUUAUAUUUUGAAUUGGAUUUGAUGUUCUUGCUUGAUUUUGUGUGUUAAAAUGGUUUUGGUACAAUCAGCCCAAGUUGUGCAGCUUCUAAAGACUUGAGAUUUAGAAUUUACUUGAGUCUCAUAUGAUGAGAUUAUUCGGGCAUAAUUAAAAUCUCAUAGACUUCAACGCGUCCCUUCUGUUUACACCAGUAUAAUUAACAUUCUCAUAAUUAACAGAAAUUAGUUUACUUUCUUUUUUGUCUCUUUUUUUUAAAAGUGGAAAAGUUAAUGAGCAAUAAAAAUAAAACCUUAUGUCGGGCAGAUUGAUGUUCAGUUUUAGUUUUCAGGAACCAGGUAUAAUCAAGCUGAAAUAGCUGAAUUGGGCAGAAUGAUGUUUAGUUUUAGUUUUCAGGAAAAAAGUAUAAUCAAGCUGAAAUAGCUGUAUUGAUCAGUUUCAGUAAAAACAACACUCACAAGUACACAUUCUCAUAGAGUGGCCAUAACUCAGAACCUUAGAGUCGCAUGCAUUUGUUUUUUCAUGAAUUUUUUACGAGUAUUUGAUUAUGCCUUGUUUGGAAAAUUACAUUGUUACUGUCACCAUUACUAAUGGCGUACUUGAAUGCCAAAAUGUUGUUAGAGAAGGAGCUUCCCUUAACAUCAAAAAUUGUAGUUGCCUAGUUGGCAUUCAUCUUGGUCUUUCUUUCUUGAGCAUUGGCGUAACAAGGAAUUCAUCAAUUGAACAAUAUCACAACUGCUGAGUGCAGAGCCUGUUGUUGAUAUAUAAUUUAUAAUAAAUGUCUGGAUCUACUUUUUAUAAGAAGUCUUAUUAGUUACUUGAAUUCAUUGGUAUUGAGUUUUGCUAUCAAGAAUAGUCUUAGCUUGGUUUGCAAUUAAGUUUUUAAUUUUAGAGUUUAAUUUUGUUAAUUUUGUUGAGAUGUUAAUGAAGUGUUAGCUAAUUAGCAGCAUAUUUAUAAUGUCUUUUAUCUUUUAAAGUUUUAAAAUAUUUUGCACUAUUUCAGACUUCAGAGCCAAAAAUUCCCUUGUAACACCGUUUAACAACUCAAGACAUCAACGGUUCCUUCUUAUCUUUCAGUUUGUGUUUCUCAAAUUUCUGAAUUGAAUUUGGCUUUCAACAUUUGGAUUGGAGACAAUCAUUAUUCACUUUAUGUAUAAUUUUGGAGUUCUGCUUUUGAAUAAGUCAUUCUAACCUCAACAUUCUAGGAACACAUAUAUCUACUACAAUUGUAGCAAUUGUCGCUACAACAGUAGUACUGAUAAUCUUCAUUUUUUUUGUGUAAUGUGCUGUCGGCGAAAAGAUAAAGACAAUAGGAAGAGAACGACUCACAGUAUCCCUGCAGAAAUUCCUCCUGGGGGAAUAAGAGGUAUUGGAAAAACUGUCAAAGAGAAAGUUUGUGUUCAUACUAGCCGUGACAUACGCAGCAUCGCAAGCCAGUUGGUUAACAUGUGGAUUAAGGUUUUCCGUAAGGAGAAGACUACUAAUGGUGGCUUGAAGUUAUUGAGACACAUGACAAAUUCAGAUUCUUCAAAAGAGAAAGGGAAAGAUCCAGGUUCGAGGAAACCUCUUAUACAUGUGCAGCAUUCUGCAGCUGGAAAUAAGGUCAAUCCGAGCUCAAAGAAGCUAGAUGUAAAGCAAGUGAAACUGGAAACUGGGUUUGGCUCAAAAAUAGAUGCUCGAUCAUCAGCAUCACAAGUUUCAAACGGCGGACCAGGUAACAAGUUAGAGGAAGAUGGGAACGCUCCGUUGUCUAAAGAAGAACAACCUGCUCUUGCAGCUGCAGAUGCUGCUCGUGCUGCUGCUGUAGCGGCUGCUGAGGUAUUCAAUAAUCCGACGGAGCGUCUUUUCACCUUUGAGGAGAUAGAUGAAGUUUGAGAAAUGUUGGCAAACUUCAUUACCAGUGAUUGUCUUUGAUAUUUUCUUGUACUGAAUCUUAAAUUGUGGAUGCUAGUUUUUCAUAUGAUUGUAAUGUAAUCGACUUUUAUAUUUACAAUUAUAUAAUAUUUAAUUUAAUUAUCUAUGUAAUUGGAUACUUUUGAUA